CCCGACAUGCCUCGCGGCAACCUCCCGUGCUGCGCAAAGCAUGGCAGCACUCUUCGAAGGUUUAAUAGUUUGCACCCUGAGUGGUGGAAAAAGUCGCGGCCAGCUCGGUGUGCUCGGAGUGGAAGCUGGUAGUGAGGCUGACCGUAUCGUGGUAACAGAUCUCGGGAGGUCGGUAACCGUAUAUCAGGUUUCUGACCAAAAGCCAUUGGGGGCAUGGACUGUGAAGCAAGGACAAAAACUGACCUCCCCGGCUGUGUUCAAUAGUCAGACUGGUGAAUUUGCUGUAGUUCAAGACAACAAAGUGCUUCGUGUGUGGAGAGAUGAAGAUGUAAAUUUUGAUAAAGUUUUUAAAGCGACGCUGUCUGCAAAUGUUCAUCGGUUACAUGCUGUUCCAUCUGGUGAGCCGCUUGCUCUGUUUGAGAGGGGCGCCGUCCGACAGCUUGAUACCCUCUUAGCUGUUCCUCAACAAGAAGUAGAAUCUGUUCUCUCAGAAAACGAGGUGAUCAGGUGGAGUAUCUGCUUGUCAGAAGCUAAUCAUCAUGCUGUCCUGUUUGCCACUGAAAAGGAUGAUGAAUACUUCCUUUACCUCCAGAAGCUCAAUCCAGAUAUUUUACAAAAAUACAAGAUGGGGACAGUGGACUCUGAUGCUACUCCAAUAAGUUUCACUGCUACUUUGCAAAACGAGGCUGUCACAGUGAUGUGCUUGUACUCCAGCAACUGUGUGUAUACUUUCACCUUGCCUUGGCAUUCUGCCAUAUCUGAAGAAAUGCGCACCUUGUCCGCGACCCUGAGCCUACAGCUGCCAGGUUUAGGAUGUGUGCUGACUGAAGGUGCCAUUGCUUCUUUGGAUGAUGCCCAUAUUGCAGUGCUUGGGGCUCCCUGUUCCACAGAAAUUUCUGACAAGGAUUUCCUCGGCAUAUGGAAUACCCAUUUUCAGACUUUGCAGGCCUCAAAAAAGUUGGCAGGUGGGAUACAUGGACAGUUGUGGUGUUAUGAGGGAAAACUCUAUGCCCCCCAUGGGAAGGUGCUGACUGCUGUACCAUACCACUGUGAGAAGUCAUCGUUGGCAGCUGCUCUAGGAAGGCUGAAACAUACUACAUCCGAAGAGGUGAGAUCUACCGCACUCGACUGGUAUUCAUUUCUUGAGGGAGAGGCCACUGUAAAAGUCAUACAAACCAGGAGGAGUAAGCUGACAAAAAAGAGUACAAGUCAGGGCACAGCUACCUCCAGCAUCAACUCUGUAUUCGAAGAAGUCAAGAACGCCUCCCAGGAGAAUUUGGUCAAGAUCCUAGAAAGCUACCUGUCAAGUGUGCAAGAUCCCGAUCUGCAGGUUUCAGUUUGUCAGAUUGUUUCUGAGCUUGUGGUUCGGUGCCAGACAGACACCAAGUUUUUUCCUCAGAAUGCACUGCUGCAGCUGGUACGGACUGAGAGGUUGUCCUACAGUACAAGUCCAGAUCUCCUAAUGCUGGCCUUAGAGAAGCAGGACUUCGUCUUGCUCCAGAUGUGCCUGAGACUGUUUCCUGAUAUUCCUGAGGCUGCCACCUGUGCCUGCUUAAAAUCCUUUCUUAGUAUUCCAGACACCACAUUAGAGGAUGCAAGUGUGGAUCUUGAGCGUAUCUCCUUCAUUGAAAGUUUGAGUACGUCAUCUGGCACAAAAGACAAGACACAGAAUGGCUACAGCCCCAGUUUGCUGGAGGAGGACAGCUGUGACAUCCAGAUAACCACACCUAAGCAGGAUCGGACAAAUGACUGGAUGGACAUAAACCUGCCGUGCCCUGUGAGCCUUAAGAAGGCAGCCUUGCUAAAUGAUGUUCUUCAGAUCACUUACACAGAGAACUUCCUUCUUCCAAAUUUAAAGGACCUCUCUGUUCAGCAGGUGUUGCUUCUCCUCCAGUAUCUGUGGUUCCUAUACAUCAGAUGUGUGCAUGGAACAUGUAACCUGCCACCUGGUUUCAAUGGGCCCUCAGUAAAUCAGAUCCUGGAUUGGGUGUCAUUGCUCUUAGAUGCUCAUUUCACCGUCCUUGUCCUCACACCACAGGCAAAACACCUGCUUCUGCAGCUGCACAAGUUUGUGAGAUGCCAGGUGAAGUUUUUUUCUGAACUCAGCAAAAUUGAAGGGAGCCUGCAGCAGUUGCAUCGAAUAAAGAAGAGCAGCGAGAACAGCCUGUACUCAAUUGAAGUCCUCCAUCUCUUCUAGCUUCCUGUACCCUGCCAUUUCCCUAAUAAACCCCCUCUGUGCCUCUGUUGUUGUUAUUUGAGGAGCACAGUGUCAUCGUUCUGUAACAUUCCAGUGAUUCCUGUGCCUCUGCCUGUGUCUUCCAGAGUCUUAGGGAUCAUAUGAUGGCUGAUGUUUACCCGGGUUGGAUCCUCUGGCAUGAGAGCUGCUGGAAUAACCACCUUGCGCUGGCUCUGUGACACUAGCAAUCUGCUAAACCUGUAAUCAUGGCACAAGAAAUCAGGCCAAGAUCCUGAUCCGUGGUCAAGGACUAUUACUCUACAUGAUAUCUGAGGACAAAGUCCAGUGCUACUUGUCUUCUGUGGCAGAGCCAUGUUCAGGUGCUAGGAUUACAGCAACAGGACUGUUGAACUGCCACUGUAAUGCAAGACAAAAAGUCCAAAAUAAUGAGUGGGACGGAAAACAAACAUUGCAAGUACAGUAAAUGUCAAUACCAUGCUUUUUAAAAAUUUAGUUUACAGAUCGGAGCCUGCACUCCUGCAGUAAUGUGGCUUACUGGACUUGUUUUGGUCUUGUUUAGUCUUUAAUCAAAUAAUUUGCUUUAUUCCCACUGACUUAAAAGAUGAGCUGAAGGCAAGAAGUGGGUAGCUUAAGUCUAUGUGACCGGGGCCAGAGCCUGUCAUGUUCUUGAACUUAUGAUGGUGCAGUGCACUGACCUCCAGCAGCAUGGACUAUUGUAGCAGGGGUGUUUUAAUUUGGGAUGGAAUUCCUAAAUUACUGCAUUUCCUAAAACUGCCUGCAGGAUCAGCCACAGUGGGCCGAGUGUUAAUGAACUGAUACUGGGACAGCAAGUGAGCAGGGAGCAGUUUUUUUUGUUAAUGACUGCUGUCCUGUGAUGAGUUGGUGCCUACCUGGUACUGCUAAGGUAGUCAAUGGUUUUCAAAAGCCCUUUAAUGGGAGAAAUGGUUAUUAAAAUCAACGAAUACAGACGCUGUGUUUGAGCACGUAAUCAUGUUUAAAUAAAUGAAUUAGAGUUCAGCAAGUGGUCGUUUUUUAUUCCAUUAUGGAGUCCAUAUACAAAGGGCAUUGUGUUUCCACUCCAGCAGCUUUUAGCUCCUCUGUGUGAUAAAUCAUAUUUACUUAAAACUCUGUUCUGAUUGUUGACUGCUGUAUUAUUGAUAUUUUAUUAAAUAAAUAACGUUCAUUU